AGCCUACAACAGGGCAAGGCGAGGGACUGGAUGCUUUAAAGCCACACUUUGGAUUUGCUUCUGACUGUGACCCAAGACGAGGCAGACGACGCCAGCUGCCGAAUCUCGGAAACCCGUGGAAGCGCAAUUGGGUUAUAUCUUGACCGGCUGGCCAGGCACGGAGACGGAAUGCCUUACACACGUCCAAUACGCUCCUGAUCCGAGAGGUAGCCUUGCUUGCCUCGUACAGCCUUGCCAGUCGCGAACUCCAUCGUCGGAUUGUUCCUGAGCUCUUUCGAAACACCAGGAGCAGAAUGGAGCACCCACUCAUCCUCGUAAAUUCCUUGUCGCCGGAUUUGGAGUCGAGUUCACCUCCAGAAGAAAGGGUAGAAAUUCCACAACCUCAGCCUGAGGCAAAGCGUAAAGGUAGAGAUUAUGAUAGCUUGAACGAACUCCUGCGCGAGUGCAGCUUUCCUCAUGAAGAUCCGGCAAUCGGGGAGUUUUGGCCAUGUACGCUACUGGAGCGCAUCCUUACCAAAGCGCGAAUCAUGGAGGAGCUCGCGGACUAUCAGAAAGAGUGGCCUGAAAUGUUUGCCGGUAGAACCAAGGAAGACUACGCCGACCAAAUUUUGGGCUUGGGAGAAACCGGAAAUCGCUAUCUCAGGAUGUUUGCAGGUCUCGUCUUGGUCGGGAAAGGAGAGCAAAUAGGCAGGCUCAUGGAGGCCGGAGUAUGCGACAACGACAUCCCUCUCGUGAGGUGUAUCUCAAAUCCAGAUAAGCGAGGGAAGUGCAUGUUGGCUCGCAAGUCCUCUCCCAAUGUUCCGCUAGAUUGCUUCAGCGUGCCUGUAUGGGGUAUACACGAUCGCGGGAGUUUUGAUAAGCAUCAGCGGUCGCUUGAUGUCGUACAUUUGGGUCUAAACUCGGAUAAGACUGUGAAGCACGAGGAUUUCGAUGCCGGAGUCGUCAUGCCCUGGACCACUCGGACUAGAACUGGCCAAGGUGGAUAUGGGACAGUGUACCGAGUCACAGUCCCUCGUGAAUGCCACGAUUUUGACGGUGCACUCCAAGCUAUCGAAAUUCAUGAUACAUUUGCUGUCAAAGAGAUCAUAAGAAAGAAAUCCAAGCUGGACAAAGAAGAUGUUGAGCUCUGGAGAGAGGUCGAAAUGCUGAAACGCUUCAGUGGGGCAUUCCAUGAUCAUCUGGUUACUCUACUGAUGUCCUGGAGCGUGGAAGGGCAACAUUGUCUGUUGUUCCCUUGGGCAGGGUGUGACCUUGACAAGUAUUGGAAACGGGAAACUAACCAGGUGGAAAUCGAUCCUUUGACGAAAGAGAUAAGAUUUGAUGACGUACAUUGGGUAUCAGCCCAAAUCCUCGGUCUGACCGGAGCUUUGAAUCUCAUCCAUAACCCGACGCAUCUCCAUCUGAACCCGGAGGAACGGAAGUACGGACGGCAUGGUGAUAUAAAGCCAGAGAACAUAUUAUUCUAUCCUUCACCGAAGUACCCAAAAGGAAUUCUUGUUAUCUCGGACUUCGGUCUCUGCGCCCUCAAUUCGGACUUGACCCGGUCAAAUAUUCCGGGGGAGGCGAUUCCUCAAACACCAGGGUACCGGCCACCUGAAUGCGAUCUUGAAGGAGGCAAAAUAUCCCGCUCGUAUGAUAUAUGGACAUUUGGAUGCCUUCUGCUCGAGAUGGUUUGUUGGGCAUUGGGUGGAAGAGCCCUGCGGGACCAGUUCAGCGAAGACAGAUUUGCAGUAUACAUAUCGGGCGUCCAGUUGAAUAUAUUCUUCGACCUGCAGAAGAAGCAUGAGGGGGAUAAGUACGUCAUAAAAGUGAAAGAUACGGUCAAAGAGUACUUCAUCAAGCUGCAUGCGGCGCCCAGCUGCACGCAAUACUUUCAUGAACUAUUGGACAUCAUUGAACAGGAAAUGAUCAUAGUUCUCACGCCAGAUAAAGAGAGAAUUCGGUCCGGUGCACUUCUUCAAAGGAUCGAAGAAAUGCAUUCCAGAGUCUCUAAUGCUGAAAAAGGCUACUGUCAGACACCAUGCCCUCAAUUCAGAGAAUUAACCCAAGAUGUGGCUUUUGAGGCUGAGCUCAACAACACGGCAAAAGGCAAUGUGCAGAUACAUAAGGGUGCCGGUCUCAAAGUACACAGGGGCGAAGUCCGGAAGUCGAUGGGUCCCGAUGAGCUUCAGGCCAUGGAAUAUGCAUCUUAGCGAUUACGUACACAAUAGCUUUUUCUCCAGUAUUGGGAUAAGUCUCUCAAAAAGUCAGCCGUGUGGCACCGCUGUCUUGUCUUGAUUCGACGUCUAUGG